ACCAAAGUCCCUAAAAUCACCAACCAAACGUCAACGAGCACGUUGCUAACCUAAAAGUUUUGUUUUGAACAAAAACAGAAAUGACAAUAAUGGCAAAAGUUGUAGAAACAAGGGAUUCUGAAAGUAGCGACGAAGAUCAAAGUUUGUCGGACGAUGAUGACACUCCAGGUACCGCCAACGCGGGGUGGGCCGAUUCCAUCGCCAAAAUCCUAAAAACGAACAAACCCAAAGGAAAAAAGACGCUAGUGUUAUCAAAAGCGAAGAAACUAACAGACACAAAAAAAACUAAAACGAAAUCGGCGGGGUUUGAAGUGGCAACUGCAGAUGGUGACGUCAAAGAAGAACAAGUCGAGGUUGAAGACGAGCGGAUAGAAGAAACGCAACCACGGAAAAAGAGGAAAAAAGAGUUGCCCAAUUUACGUGUCAAACCCAACGUGCUCGAAAAAGAUAGGGAGCGCACUUUGGCGAAAAUAGCGACCAGAGGUGUGGUGCAACUGUUCAACGCGGUGAAGACUCAGCAGAAAGACAUUAGUAAGAAACUAGAGGAGGCAGGCCCUUUGGAAGUCCGAAAAGAGAAGGUUUUGAAAAAUAUCGACAAGAGGGCGUUUUUGGACGUUUUGAUGGGUGGAAAGUCGCACACUGAAGAUACGGACAAAGAAAAGGAGAGUGUAAAAGGGGGCGACUCUACUUGGAGCGUUCUACGCGACGAUUUUAUGAUGGGUGCUAAGUUGAAGGACUGGGACAGGGAGCCCGAAGAGGAAAUGGAAACGGAGGAGCAAGUCGAAAUGGAAUCUGAUUAACGCUUUUUGUACAAAUUUAAAUAAAUUUUUACUAAAACAAAAAAA